UUUUUUUUUGCGACGAGCUCGUAAACCGCUAGUGAAAGCACCAGAAGUCGUGGACGGGUAGACGUGGUUGGUUAUCCGAAAGGCGUGCUUGCCCGCUCGUCCGCGUUAACAACCCCAUUCGCGUGUGUCAUUCGCGGAAACGAGACGAUCACUCGGUCUCGACCAUUCGGUAUAUUUAUUCCCUAUGCAAAUUGCGACAGGUCUAAUUUCGAGGCCAGUAGAACGGGGUGCACCAUCGGUUGCACCUUCCGGGUUGCGUCCGGCGAAGACGCGCGCGCGAGCGAAAUGCUCGGUGGAAUUUGCGCGGAUCUCCGUUUUCCUCGCGUAGCUCCGAGAACUCUCGGGAAGUCGGACUCGAACCCUUCGGCGGAGACACACCAUCGUCCGAUCGGCGAAUCAUAGGUGGCGGUGAACAGAUCGGUGAAUGAGAUCGUAGUAUUUACGGGUUUCAUUGUGGACGCGGAUGCUAUACUUUCGCGUGAGAUGUUGCACGAGUUUUCGAUCCGAUAGUAUCACGCGGAUAACGGUUACUAUACCGUAAUCGACGACUGGCCGAUUAUCAAUGGGGAAAAAUAUAGUCGCAAAUAUCGUUAACAGACGCGCAGAGAGCGUCGAUACGCGAUGCCUCGGCGCGAUGCCGAGCGUGAUAAUUGCGUGAAUCACCACAACGCGACGAGUCAGAAUGAGAUCGAUUCGAUCUCGGUUUGAUCAUUUUUCGUUAACUGUUUGCGCAGCGUAACACGUUAUGAGCGAACGCAUGAGCGAUUUUCAACAUUGCUCACGACACGAUACUCCGGAGUAAACGAAGCGUGCUGUGAAGAUCAGUUAACGAGCGUCGUGUAUGAGAGCAGCGAGUGGUUCUGAAAACUGCCAAAUAAACAAUAUGACGCGAGGCUGAAGUGAAACAGUCUGGGUCUGUCGCGCGCAUACGAGGGCAGAAACCGGUUGCGCUAAACAGACUGUGCGACACGACGAUAUUUCGACUGCUCGUAGCGGAAAGGCGGCGGCGCGGCGGCGAUGAUUGCGUUAAUAGGUCGAUCUAUUAUUAAGCCCAUUAACAGUUUUUUAUUUAUCGUCCGUCAUAUCCUGCCUGCUCGCUCGUCGCAGUUACAUAAGGAUUUCGCGAGCGCGCUGUGCUCAACGCGUUCAACAGUCUCACGUCAGUGUUUAACGAAUCAACGACGACGGCGUCGAGCGGGAACUGUCAUUCAUCUCGCAACAGGAAACUCGCGUCUCGGAGCCUCAGCGGAGAAAAUCGACGAGUGCCUCGGCCUCCUCGGAAACUUAUUCGUAAACCACGACUCGUCGAAAGUCACGGAUCGUGGGCCGACCACGAAGUCUCACGCGAAUCGCGAGCAAUCGAGAGUGAAUUCGGCGAUGAUGUUCUUCUCCGCGAGGCGAUCAAUCUCUUCGGAGCUGUGGACGCACUUGUGCAAAUGACGCCGGCAAAUUGCGGUAUGUGUGUGUGUGUGUGUGUGUGUGUGUGAAUUGCAUUGAACAGAGAAAUAAACAAAUGUUUACUCAGUGAAGAUGCCAAUGAUACAUUUAACGAAAUCUUCACUUUUCCGUCGAAAUAGAAUAAGCUUCUUCACGGGAGGAAGAGGAAACGUUUCACGGUUUGAGGAAACCAUGCGUACCUUCUUAGUUUAAAAUUCGCGCUCUUCAGGUUCUCAAGAAGUUCUUCCGCUGACUGACUCACGACACGGUCCAAAGUUGUCUGUUUAUUGUGCAGUGUCAAAGGGUCAACCGCGCGCUGUCCCGAAUGUUUUCGCGAGGAACAAAGACCCCGUCGUCUGCUUCCCGCAUUACGAAGAGAUAAUUUAUGUGCAUAACGUUUCCCGCGAUUAUCAGUGGCAAAAAAUUUGGCGGUCGUUGCGGGUGGGUAGGUCGGAAAAUAUGGCGCUUCCAGUGAUUGAGAAGCGUUCCGUCCGCAAUUAUCUCGCGGAUGAGAAUGUCACGCGAAGCAGUGAACCUUCUCUUGCAUAUUACCGCGAGGCUCGUCCGUUCAUAUGACAAAAGAACGCCGCGGACGUGGUAACGCGUUUGCUCUCAUUUCGCGAGUUUGAAUAUCGUACACUCCGUCUCGGUGACCUUGCGAACCUACACAACGAAAAUGGAGUACAACGUGGCGCGUGUGAUGAUAGUGAUUACAUAGUAUGUGGUUCACCGCUGCUCCUCCGCGAGCGAACCUCGCGGAGACAUUGGCGAAAAAAUCUUGAUUGUCUGGUAGCCAUUAGGUUGACAACUUGGUCGUGCCAUUGCUGCGAUGUACCGUUAAGACCAUUUUUUCGCUCAGCCAAAAAUAAGGUUACGCGUACUCUUCUUCUCGGGAGCCUCUUGAUUGGAUCUAUUCAGUCAGUCGCUCGAGAUCGUCAGCGUCGCGGUUCUGUGCGUCGCGAGGUUCCUCCUGAUGUAAUUCGCGCUUAUCAGGCGAACAUUUUUGUCAAGCCCAGGCACGAGGGAACGUCGCCGGAGAGAAGAGCAAAGUUCGCAUACGUGAGAGGUAGAUCGCUCGUAGGUUUCUGUAAAACCUGCGAAAUUUUAAAAAUUUCAUUUUUAAUAAUUUUCCCGGUAUUAGGAGAGUAUUGAGAAAAUGUCAUUGAGCGGUUGAAAGUCGAGAAAUAUCUCGAGAGGAGAAAAACGAAGAGUGAACAUUUCGGCACUUUCGCCUUUCGGCGUUUGCUUUGUUUCUUCGCUCGCUCGACAUUCGAUCAUCGUUCAUCCCUCAGGAUGCCCCGGCGGACACGUUACCGACUCCAUGGCGAGUCUGCCUCGCGAUCGCGUGCACCACCUAACCAAGUUACAUGAGAGCCGCGGACAGAGUGCGGCGCGCGCUCCUCGACGCAUCUCUCUCCCGACAGCGCUCCGCGCGCAGAAUGCGGUUGCAAUCUCUGCGCGACAUUAUCUAAGCCAUGGACCGUUACCCCCACCGACCUAAAUGCACGCCGUAUAAAUGGCCAAGACACCUUCUAAGCACUGUCAGUGAGCUUGCGCACCGAAUCUCUCGCAUUUCUGCACCGCGCGGAUCAUCGCGGAAGUCACGAAAGUAGUGCGCGUGAUAUCACGACGCGUGGUGAACACAGCCGACGCCUCGUCUCGUAACAGUACUUGAUGAGUCCCCGCAAUUAAUCGCGGAAUUUUGCCGCUGGGACUCCUCGAGAGAGCCUGGGCUCGCUUCUUGCUCUGCUAUCUGUGAUGCGACUCGCGAUGUUCGCGCGGGACCGACACGGCGCGGGCGAUCACCAGCGACGUCUGCGAUGAGACGCAACACGGCCGAUCGAAAUCAACGGGACUGAGAGAGAUGGUCUCGGUCCGAAUUGCGAAGCGCGGAAGUCGCGGCUGGCCUCGCGAGACCGGAUGUCCGCCGGCGACGCGGCUCUCGUCGUGCUGGCUGUUCCUCCUGUUGUUGAUCGUCGCGAGCCACUCGUCGGCUCUCGACAACGCGACGGACCCUUUCGUGCAAAAAUGCCAAAUGGAAUGCAGUCUACUGAGGGACUUUGUGAGCUGCAGCAAGUACAAAGUCGCCAGGUGGUUGAACACGUUGGUGAAAGAGAAGGAAUUUAGUUACGGACCAUUUCGAGUGAUCAGGAUACCGUCGAUGCACAAGCAAUCGUUCCUGCCUAAUUUGCCACCACGUUCCCGGGCAUUCAGAGGCAGCGUAACGGAAGCCUUGAACUUCAUUAGGAACAGCGUCGAAGAUUUGUUGACGAAACGUGCCAUUGCGUAUACGAUAGACAAUUCGCCGCCAUUCGCCAGAGGCUACUCUUCGGGUCUGAUGGUUAUGGAUGACGAUGAAAUCAAGAGGUUGCAAGAUAGGGAAGAAGAAGGCGACUGGCGAAUCUUCAAGAAGAAGAAGAAGUCCAUCAUCCUGCCGAUUCUCAUACUGUUGAACUUGAUCAAAUUGAAGCUGCUGCUGCUGCCGAUCUUCCUGGGAGUCCACUUCAUCAAGAAGCUCCUCGUGCUCGGGUCACUGAUCCUGCCAUCCGUGCUGGCGCAUUUGAAAGUCUGCAAAGUGCAGCACAAUGCGCAUCACACCCAUCCUUACCACAUAUGGUCCACCGCGGCGGAAGCGCCGGCCGAUUACCCGUCAGGAUACGCCCAGGACGAUAGCACCUGGCACCGAAACGACUACCAGCUGGGUUACCCCAGUUUCCAGUUAUUCCGCAAUCCUUACGGAUGAGUCGGUCGGACGCUGGUAGCGAAAAACCUUCCGCUACCGGCGAUCCGUCCGUCGGUGGAAUACACGCGCGGGUCGAGUUUGUUUUAUUCCGCUUCUCCUCACCGAGACGCGUCGUUGCAUCUGCAUGUUUCGGAAAGCGGCGCGCGAUAGCGGCUCCGGUCUAUCCAGAGCAACUUAUACAAUCGCAGAACGCACGAGAGAAGAGAGUCGAUCAGUCGUAAUGCCGUAAAAGGAUGCUCCUCACAUUAGACACCCGAUUGACCGAUUUCCCCGCGCGCGGAAAAACACACCGCGCAGCUUUUUCACCUCAAUUCAUUUCAUACUCAUUCCAAUGUUUUCUUCCAGUAUUGCGCGUGAGUAAUUAAUCAGUUGGAUAUACCUUGUUCUACGGGGGAAGAAACAUAGCGAACUGUUUUUAAUAUAGUAGAUUUGUACUUCUCAGUAAUAUAUAGUAUAUAAUAUUUCAGUGGCACGUGAAGUGUGAUACGCGUGAAGGAGAGGAUGAGGAAUUUACGCCACAAAAUUCACGCGACUGUACAAUUUUGUCGGAAUAAACGUUCGAACAGCUCGCGUCGAUCCGCGAUCGGCGUAAACUUUCUGCGAGACUGCACGCGACCCAUUCAUUGCGAACUGAUAGCAUGCCGGCUGAAUCUUAAUCAGCGCGAAGAUACGCCCGUCUCGCUUCCGCUCGUUCACCGGGCGGUCUACCUCGGCGGGAAACGUUCACAAAAUAAACUUUCACAUAGUCUUACCGUUAUUUUGACGACGCGACGUAUUGAUAUAUCUCCAGCCUCUCGCGGACUUGAGAAAGGGCACGAUGUUAGCGCCACAUCCGCCUUUUCCUCGAAUUCCACAUUAACACAGAUGAAGGUAAAGAGAGACAAGAUCGCGCUUGUCUGUCUCUCUCUCUCUCUCUCUCUCUCUCUCUCUCUCUCUCUCUCUCUCUCUUGACGCGGCGGAUUGCUGGCGAUUUAAUUUACGGUUCACCGCAUCUCGCUCGCUCGUUUCGCGUUAUUUAUGUCGCCGAUUCGACGCCGGAGCGACAUCGGGGAGAUACGUGCUCGUCGUUGGCUGUCGCGCACGGUUGUCUCCGUUGAUAAGCUUUCUCCUGCAAUUAAGCACCCCGACGACGCUUUCGUCAGUCGCCGGCCAGAAAGAGUGCUCGCCCCGACCUACUUCAUCACCCUUCUCUGACAAAGAGAGCUCCGAUAAUCGCGCGAUUAUCUCGUAAAGCAACAUGUCGUAUCGUGUACAGACUUCGCGUUGAUUUUCACAGGCGCGUGCCCAAAGUUCACUCUUUGCCAGUUUAUCCUCCUUCCUGAUUAAAUUCCUUUCACACGCAACAACGCCGUCUCGACUCUUGAUCCCCCGACCUCCCGACCUGUCUACGCCUGACUCCGCACGUGUGUUCCCCGCGACGACCCACAAUUUUCUCCCGCGCUUUCGGCCGAGUAUCGAUAAGUCGCCGCGCCGUACGACAGACGGGCGGAUGAAACGUGGUCAAGGUCACGCGCUGGCCAUUCCGACACUCGGCCACCAGGUACGACGGCCUCGUGGUUGACCUACUGACAGAUUUGGUCGACUGCCCGGUUUACCGCUGAUACGCACCGGCCGAUUCGUGCCGGCGUGGCGCACGUUACACGUCUCUUGUGCGUGCGUGAGUAAGUAUAGGCAACGUUUGCUCUUGUGUGCGUAUGUGCGCGGUGAGUGUACACACACACACACACACAUACACGCGCUCGACGGCCCGAUCGAAGACCGUUAUCGGCUCGGUGCACGGCGAGAGAGGCGGCGGACGACCGCCGCCGUACCUGUCGCCGACACAUUUUAGGUCCCCGACGACGGUCGCGCCCGCUGAAUCUAGCCCUCGCUCGGUCCCUCUCCUCUCCUCUCCUCUCCUCCCUGCGCGAGACACGCUCGUCCCGAUCCGUUUCACUCAGUCACCGCGUAGAAUCAGUCACCCCCCUCUCUCUCCCCCCUCCCUCCCUCUCUCUCUCUCUCUCUCUCUCUCUCUCUCUCUCUUCCAUUUUCGAUACCGCACAACUGAAUCAUCAUCCGCCGAAAAAGUAUCUCGGCGAUUUCUAGGCUGACCUGCUUAUUUCCUCGGAAUUGGAUAUCUCUGCCGUGAAUUUGGGGAUUUCUCUUUUUUCUCUCUCUCUCUCUCUCUCUCCCGAAGGGAAACUUGUGAAAAAUGUUCAGAGAGUCGUGCAGGAUUCUAGAGAGUGGGGGAAAAUUGGCGAGAAAUUGAGCGGCCGACGUUUGACAGGUGUGUCGAGGCGAAAGUGGAAAUUCGCGGGCUCGACCGGCCGCCCGACACUCCGCCGCGCCGCGCCGGGUCGAACGAAAGACUAUGAUAACAACGCAGUGGUGAGCGAGGCAUUGACGACCGGUCUGGGCAUGAUCCGUGAAAUGGCAGGGAAGGCGAAUCGGAAGCGACACAUCCACUACGCGGACGCGAUCGAUACGUGGCGUGCGCACGUCCGCGGCAACUCGACCGUUACGUUCUUACGUUAUGUGCGAGCGAAAAAAGUUACAUUAACGUAACGGACCGUCGUCCACGUCGCGGCGCUCGGCUGGAUAUCCGUGUACAUCUACCUGCGCCGAGCUCGCCCGCCACGCACGUCGCGCGAUUCAUACGCGCUUCAUUUACGCGCGUUUAUCACGUGACUCGCGCGCGCGCGCGCGCGAGCGAUGUUACGUUUCACGUGUCGAAAGUGCUUCUCGCGGGAUAAGGAGGAGCUUUAUGCCGCGAGGAGAGGAAGAACGCCGACGUGUACCUCGGCGAGAACGUGACGUAAUUGAAGAUUUUGCCUCUUUCUUUCUCCCCUCGGAAGGGGGAGGUUUCAGUUGCAUCGCGACAGCUGACCGGCUUCGCUGUGCGAGAAGAUACCAGAACGUUUGAUCGGAAUCACUCCCGAUUUUUUUUCGGGCUCUGUCGGUAAAUAAAAACAUUCUCGAGAAUGGGUUUUUUUCUUUUUCGUAAAAUCAAUUUCUGCUUGCAGAGCCUGCCGGUCGAUCGAAACGACGAUGUCGUCAGGACUUUGAGCUUUAGAGACUCGAUUUUUCCGCUUGCACGCUUUUCCGCCAAUAUCCAUCGUACGAUAUAACCGCGCGGGAACUACGAUAUGGGCAGUUUUCGAUAGAACGAGUGCAUCCGAGUGGUGUUUCUCGCAAACAUUUUAGUGGUGUCGGUAUUUACUUUGUGUGUUUUGACUUCUCUAACUCUCUACUCUGUGCAAUUCCCCUCUUUCUCUCUUCCUCUUCGGACGUUUGAGCGGUACGAUGCACUGCUCGCACGCGGAUGUAGAUCUAAUGCAAAUAAAACUGUGGGAUAAUUUACGACAAUCGAUGCGCUCCUUCACCUUUCCCCUAGUUUAAAAUUUGCGCUUUGCGGUACUCUUGAAAAAAUUUCACCUUGUGCCGAGACUGCAACGGAAGAUUGUAAUGUAUAUUUAUACCGCGAGACAUGUGUGUUUUAAUAAAGAUGUUUGCAAGAAAGCCGACCUCGAAUUUCUAUUUGC